GUAAGGGUGCUUAUGUAUGGGAUUCCGAAGGAAAAAAAUAUAUGGAUUUCUUAUGUGCCUAUUCUGCUGUGAAUCAAGGCCACUGUCAUCCAAAAAUUGUAAAAGCUUUAUGUGAUCAAGCACAAAACUUUGAGUUCUAG